GUUAUAGAAAAAGAGUAGCACAGUACAAAAUCGCUGGUAUCACGUGUACCUAGCUACAAGCAGUAAAGUGAAAAGAAAAUAGUAGUAGUAAUGAAAAUCCAUACGUACGCUUAUGGUAAAAUUUGUUUUUUUUCUUGCACUAGAUCAAGGAACUAAUGGUGGUGAAAAGAUUGGAACAAGAGGUGCAUUAAAUAUCGGGACAAGUGGAGGUGGCGGAGAAGGAACUAGUGGUGGUGGAAAGAUUAUGAACGGAGGUGGCGAAGGAACUAGUGGUGGUGGGAAUAUUAUAACCGGAGGACGUAUUGGUGGAGGUGGUGAAGGAACAAGUGGUGGUGGACGGAUAAUAAACGGAGGACGUCUAGGUGGAGGUGGGGACGGGACUAGUGGUGGUGGACGGAUUAUAAUCAGAGGACGUCGUGGUGGAGGUGGAGAGGGAACUAGUGGUGGUGGACGGAUUAUAAUUGGAGGACGUCGUGGUGGAGGUGGAGAGGGAACUAGUGGUGGUGGACGGAUUAUAAUUGGAGGACGUCGUGGUGGAGGUGGAGAAGGAACUAGUGGUGGUGGACGGAUUAUAAUUGGAGGACGUCGUGGUGGAGGUGGAGAAGGUACUAGUGGUGGUGGACGGAUUAUAAAUGGAGGUGGCGAUGGAACAAGUGGUGGUGGACGGAUUAUUAUUGGAGGACGUCUUCCUGGUGGAGGCGGAGAAGGAACUAGUGGUGGUGGACGGAUUAUAAUUGGAGGACGUCUUCGUGGUGGAGGCGGAGACAGAACUAAGGGUGGUGGAGGGGUUGUUACAGGAGGACGAUGUCUUUUUGGUGGAUGACGUGGAAUUGAUCUUCUUCUUCCGUGAUUGUUUCUCCUUUGGCUGCUCAUGAACUUCAAUUCUUCUUCAUAUUUCAAUGCAUUUUGAAUAUGUUUGUUAUUUGGAUGAUCAGCUCUUGCUUCCAAAAAGAGGUUAAAUGAGCUAAUGAGGAGUACUAGCACUAGCAAAAUCAGGCUACUAUUAAUGUUGAGUUUCAUCUCGAUCUC